UUGGUGUUCAACAACCCGCUGCGAACACCCCGGACGAUCACGCGGACUUGUUCUUCUUUUGCGCGUACGGUUUAUUUUCGUGUCGUAAUUAUUAUUAAUUUUGUCGGUUUGGUUUAAUUUUUAGCGUUCGUCGUCGGUGGUGCGCUAUACGUUGGCCGGAAUGCUUUGUGCCGGACCGGCGCCGGAUUGUUGAGUGCAAAGCCCGAAAAGUCCUUGUGGGCCCGCGCGCGAAUCUUUUCGAAUUUACACGUCCGUCGGUGCUAUUGAUAACAGCCAACAACCGGUGUGUGACGCGCGUAAAUGACGACGACGACCGCCGCGUUAUGUUAAAUCCGUUUAUGGACAAUUCGCCUUUGGCCAGCAGCAUGGGCGUCAAAGUCGAGGACGAAUACAUGGGAGGUCACCCGCAAGACCAGUACCAUCACAUGCACUACGGGCAACCGCCUCCGCCGCCGCCGCAUUCCGGUUAUCCGGGCGCCAGGGACUUUCUGAUCCGCCGAGACGCCGCGGACUACCAUGCGGCCCACCAUCAGCACGGCGGUACCGCCGGAGACCUAGGUCUGUAUCCGGGCCACCACGAUCUGCAAUUGCACCACCAUCACCACCAUCAGGUGUAUCCGGCGCCCGUGCCAGUAGCACCGCCGCCAUCGGUACCCGUGCCCCGGCACAACGACUACGGGUCGCAAGACCCGUACGGCCAACAGACCGGCGGCGGCGCGUUCUACCGGUACAUGCGGCACGGUGGCGGUCCGGCGUCCGCGCUCAAAGACAUGUCGUGCUUGUGGAUCGACAAACCUGGUCCGCCGAUGCGUACGUGUGGCAAGAUGUUCGGUUCCAUGCAGGACAUCGUGUCGCACAUCACGGUGGAACACGUCGGAGGGCCCGAGUGUACGACGCACGCGUGCUUCUGGCACGGUUGCGAGCGCAAAGGCCGCCCGUUCAAGGCCAAGUACAAGCUGGUCAACCACAUCAGGGUGCACACGGGCGAGAAGCCGUUCCCGUGCCCGUUCCAGGGAUGCGGCAAAGUGUUCGCCCGGUCCGAGAAUCUCAAAAUCCACAAACGAACGCAUACAGGCGAGAAACCGUUUAAAUGUGAAUACGAAGGAUGCGACCGAAGGUUCGCCAACAGCUCGGACAGAAAAAAGCACUCGCACGUACACACUUCGGACAAACCUUACAACUGUAGGAUAUCUGGUUGUGAUAAGUCGUACACUCACCCCAGUUCGCUUAGGAAGCACAUGAAGGUGCACGGUAACGGAAAGCUGGACAGCGACGGCAACUACGAUUCUGAAGAUUCCAACUGUUCGUCCGGCGGAUCCAUCAGGGUGACCGACAGUUGCACGACCACCACACCCAGCAUAGUGUCCCCCGGCGACCACCACGGAGGCUCUCAGACACCGUCCAUCCUACAUACGACGGCCACUUCGGCUCUGCCGUUGCCCACUCCACCGGCAGCAUCAGAUUGGUAUAUGAACACAGGUUCGUCGUCCAUGCAACCUUCGCCGGUCGACCACGGGCACCAUCAUUAUCUGGACCUCAACCACCACCAUCCACAUCAUCAUCAUCCCCAUCACGCGCCACUGAUGACUCACCAUCACGGCACUGCGGCUUAUUGAAACAAAUCCCCCACUUCAUACACUAACAACAACAAUAACAAUGGUGGCCUAAUGACAUCCGCUCAAUGGAGAUAGCACAACGCUAACCAGCCAGGCCACGUCGGUUGCGCUCGCCAUCAUCUCGACCAGACACUUAGCGAGUCUUGAUGAUUUUUUCACAAGAUGGCUUACUUGCUAUUGAACUGACUGACGAGCAACAUGCGAACGAUUCUGCUUAUUAUGCGUCGAUAUGUUAUCAAAUGGUUAUUUAUACAUAUAUAUAUAUAUUUAUACCCUAUGCGAGUAAUAACUGAUUGUCUACACCAAUUGUGGGACUUUUCAUUUUUAUUGUCGGCCGUCUUACGAUUUUUGUGUGGAUUGUACGUGGACGCAUUACCGUUGUGAAGUGGGGGUGACCUGUGAUUUUAAUUUUAGUUUUUAGUGUGAUAUAACUGACGGGUUUUUCAUUUGGUCGACAAAUUUAUGUUACGGUGAAUUUGCAGUGUUUUCGGAUUGACUAGCUGCAAACCAUUAUAUUUUAGUCCUUAAACAUAUGACAACGUUGCUGAUAUCGAAAUGUCUUUUUUUAUAAGUAUAAAAAUAUAUUAUAUACAUUUUAAUCUGUAUCUAUAUCUGUCAAUAUCUAUAUCCAUGUGCCUUUUAAAAUUGACUGUCUUUUUAUUUGUGACGUAAUGUUUUUUCAUUUCUGAUAUUUUUAAAUAUACCUAUUACCUAUGUCUUAAAACAAAAAAUAUUAUUAAUGUAAGUAUAAUACAAUUAUCUUCUGUUACUUACAGGUUAGGUUAAAUUUGUACAAUCUUUUUAUCUAUAAUAUUAUAUUCAGCAAUGAAUUAUACUCGAGAUGAGUAAACGGGUCAAAAUACUUACAGACUAAUUAUAUGUAGAAAUUUAAUUUUAUAUGUGUUACGAAUGCCUAUGUUGU